AUGCUGCGAAUAAAGGAAGCGAUUCAAAGGCGUCGAAUGAUACAAGAAAUGACCGAUGAUUGGUAUGAGGAAGAAAUCCUACCUCUUCCACAGUUAUUAUCGUUGCCAUCUCGAAAGUUUAGUAUACCCGAACAGCCUGGAAAUGAAGACACUUUGGCUUAUUUCGCACAAGGUCUUAGUGCUCGAAUGUCAAAAUUACAAAAACGUGCAUUAAGAAUAACAUGGAAGCGGCUUUCUGAAGCCCCAAGAACUUCAGGUCGUGGAAUGAUUGCCAUUAUGGAAAAAGUAUUCGAGAAGAUGAAUGACGCGAUGGAUAUAAUGCCAAUUUUUUAUAAAAGUGCGUUUUUAAGCUGUGUAGAAGAUAAACGUCGUGGUGCAUCGACGCAUUCACGAACUAUCACCACAGUUCGUGAUCACGCACAUUUACUUAUUGACUUCAUCGAUGAUUUACUGGAUCUUAUGUUUGAUAUUCCCUUGGAACAUAAAUCACUAGAUAUCGCAACUAUUGGCCGUAUUCAUGCAAAACUUGAGCCAAUGGGCUUCCACCGUUCUCUGUGGAAUUUCUUUGGUGAAUCCUUUGCAGAAGUAAUGUUCAACCAGGAAUGUGUUCGGGCUUAUCCACAUGCUCCAAGUGCCUGGUCAAUGUUAAGUAUUGUAACCACUAAUGCUUUAGAUGCAGCUUCAAGGAUUCCAAAAGGUGCAUUACAGGCAAGAAGCAAAUGUGCUUCACGCAACAGUAGCUUAUCGGACUUUAAAAGAACAGCCAGAAUAGCAAUUAUGCAUCCUAUAUUGCCUGGCAUUAAUGAGGAACAACCAGAUUUGAAGAAAAAGAAAGGUGGCAAUGUUUUUAAAUGCUGCAAAUCGCGACAGUUUUAA